GUCCUCAUUUUUCAAUUCCUAACAUUCUACAUUGUGUCUCUUUUAUUUCUUGAUUCCUUUCUGCUUCACAGAAUUCCAUGGCUACCGCUGGAAAACUUGAGGUAGAAGUGCAGGUGAAGUCUCCUGCAGACAAGUUCUGGGCAACCAUUAGGGAUGUAACUAUCUUCCCCAAGGCCUGCCCUCAGGACUACAAGAGCAUUGAGAUUCUUGAGGGUGAUGGCAAGUCUGCUGGUUCUGUCCACCUCGUCACUUAUGGUGAAGGAUCCUCACUUGUCAAGACAUCAAAAGAGAAAAUUGAAACUCUUGAUGAUGCUAAGAAGACACUGUCCUAUAGUGUCGUUGGAGGAGACUUGCUGACGUACUUCAAGCUUUUCAAGGCACACAUGAGUUUAGAAGCCAAGGGGGAAGGGAGCCUGGUGAAGUGGUGGUGUGAGUAUGAGAAGGCAAGCGAUGAAGUUCCCGAUCCAGAUAUGGUCAAGGACUUUGCAAUCAAGAACUUCCAAGAGGUGGAUGCCUAUAUUCAGAAGGCAUAGAGAGGGUAGAUAUGCCUUUGAAGGACUAUUAGAUGGAUUGAUAAAUAAUGUGGCUGUGCCACUUCCAUUUGAUGCUAUCUUGGACUUGGUUAAAAUCACAGGACAUGGCUUUCUUCAUGCUUCUGUAUUGUAUUGAUGAAUUGUUUCUCCUGUUUGGUGCCUUUUAUCCCAUUAUUGAUGAGUUUCAGAAUAA